AUGGAUAAUUUUUUUGGUAAAAUUUUUUCAAAGAAAUUGCUAUUACACUAUAAUAAAUACAUAAAUAUAAAAUAUGCUUAUUAUAUUUACCAUUAGAAUAAAUCUAUGAAAAGAAUGGAAAAAUUAAAUUUUUUGGCAUAUUCAUAAAAUCUUGAAAUUAAGAACAAAAAGGAAGCAAUAUCUUUAUAAUAAAGAAUUGACAAACUAUUAAAUUGA